AUGGCGCCACACGCGGACGAGUCGAACGGCAAAGUGACCAUCGAUAUUAUCUCCAAGGAGUCAGAAAAAGUGCAGACGGCAGCGCAGGAAAUAGACUCAGACAAAAUAGACUCAGACACCGAGAAGCCUCUUCCAACGGAGGAAGAAAACGAAAUCCUACGUAAGGUUGCCGAUAACCUGCCAUGGGUAUCCUUCUCGCUUUGUCUUGUUGAGUUUGCAGAGCGUGCGUCUUAUUAUGGCGCUAAAACUGUGUACGCCAACUUUAUCGAGUACCCGCUUCCAGAAGGUGGCAAUGGUGCUGGGGCUCCUCCACGAGGCACGCAGAAGACUGCAGGCGCCCUAGGCAUGGGCUUGCAAGCCAGCAGUGGCUUGACUCUGCUAUUUGUCUUCUUGGCCUAUGUGAUUCCCAUCUUCGGUGGAUGGUGGGCGGAUGUUUACGUCGGACGUUACAAAGCUAUCUUCGUCGGAGUCGUUCUGUGCGGUAUAGCUCAUAUCAUUCAGUUGGUCGGUGUUAUCCCAUCCGUUCUACAGAAAGGACAGUCAAACGCUGCUCCGCCAUUCAUUCUCGGUCUUUUGAUCCUAGCAUUCGGAGCCGGUAUAUUCAAGCCCAAUGUGUCUCCUCUCAUCUUGGAUCAGAACAAGAACAAAAAGCCUUUCGUACGGACGCUAAAGUCUGGAGAAAGGGUGAUUGUUGACCCGGAAGCAACUACAAACAGGAUUAUGCUUCUUUUCUACGGCUUCGUGAAUAUCGGUGCUUUCUAUAUGCUCGCCACAACAUAUGCAGAGAAAUAUGUGGGAUAUUGGCUGUCGUUUCUAUUAUCCGCCAUCGUUUAUUUUCUGCUGCCAGUUCUACUGUUGAUGGUCUAUAAGAGAUUGCAUAAGGAGCCUCCUAGUGGAGGAAAGGAGCUCACUGAGGCAUUUAAAAUUACCGCAAGAGCACUUCGCGGCAGCAAAUUCAGAAUUUGGCGAAAAGACUUUUGGGAUUCCGCAAAGCCUUCUAAGCUUGAAAGUCAAGGUAUCAGCGUACCUUGGACAGACAAGACUGUUGCAAAGGUCGCGACAACUCUUCAAGCAUGCGAUAUUUUUAUCUACUUUCCAAUUUGGUAUAUGAACGACGGAGGUCUCGGCUCUGUCCAGUCAAACCAAGGCGGAUCGAUGGUAACAAACGGAGCUCCCAAUGACGUCUUGAACAACUUCAACGCCUUGACUAUCAUUGUCACGAUUCCUCUUCUAACAUACGUGAUAUACCCAACCCUACGCCGCUACAAGAUGACCCCAGGCCCGAUUACUCGAAUCACCUUUGGCUUCUUCCUAGCCACACUUUCCGGUAUCGCCGGAACAUUAACGCAGUGGAAGGUUUACGAGCUCUCACCUUGUGGAUAUCAAGCCUCCACCUGCGAUGAGGUGGCACCGAUCAGUAUUUGGUGGCAGCUUGCUACUACUAUCCUGGCUGCGCUAAGUGAGUGUUUCGCGGCUGUGACUGCGUAUGAGGUUGCCUAUGCACGGUCGCCGAAGAGCAUGAAGAGUUUGGUCGUGGCUGUUUUCCUUUUCAUGAAUGCUUUGAGUAGCGCCCUUGGAGAAAUCCUUAUCCCAGUGACGAAAGAUCCAUACCUCCUAUGGCUCUGGGGUGCCCCUGCAGUGGCUCUAGCGGUUCAGUCCAUCAUCUUCUGGUUCAGGUUCAAACAUUUGAAUCAUGAAACAUUCAACGCGGGGGACGAACUUGAUGAGGAAGAUGAGCAGGAGCAGGAGCAGGCGCAGAAGGCUGCGCUGAGGGUUUAG